GUGCCAAAUUUGUUAGACAAAAAAUUUUGCUUGUUUUUGUGAAUUAGCAGGAAAAAAAACGUGCAUUUUGUAAUGUACAUAUAUGUAUAUAUGUUUAUAUGUUUAUGUAUACACGCCCACAUACCUGUGUGAGAUAGCACCCGUGCAUGCGUAGUUACCCCUGUCCGUUUUUGCAACUUCCAAAUUGGGAGCCAACAAUUUAGGGCUGGUCAACCAUUCCCACCGAAAAAAUAAAAGGUGCUAGAAGUUAGCACACGCAGUUGCGCCUUUCAAUUUUUCUCUGAAGAGAAACCCAGCUGUCAGUCACUGGCUUAUUGUUUAGUAGGCAUACAUCUUCCUUCCCCAUACCCCCUCCCGCCUAGUGCAUGCGAAGGCAUUUUAAAAUACAUUUGUGGUAAGUAGAAUUGGACAAAUUUUGGGUCGUCAUUCCUGAGCCCCUCCCAUUUGAACAUUUUUUCUUCCCCCUUUUUGGAAAACAAAAUGGUAAGAAGUGUGAAAUCCAAGGUAACGCUGUCACUUGCGUUUUUUCUGUUAACCUGUUUGUCGCCACAUGGGGAAACGAAUUGUCAAUCGCUUUUGCCCGUGUCCUACGCAACGCACCAGUUGUACUCGUUUGACAAGUUGACUCCCGUGGAGGUAAAAAGCGACUUGAAGAAGACCUUAGGGAGUUUUAUAGCUAGCAAGUUAAAGGACUUACAAAGGAAGUUUUACGACUACAAGGGUUAUGGCACCCAUGGGCGAGGCAGUAGUGAUGGGCAGGGAGAAGUUCUAAAAAGCGACUACGACGCCUCACUCGAAGAAGAAGUGAAAGCACUGCUGGGGCAGGCAAAAAACAAGAGAUACCUAUCCAAACGAAUAAAGGACUCGCAUGAUCGUGCUUUGAAAAAUUUAAAAAGGAGUAGCAAUGGAGAAGGGAGCGAUGAAGAGAAAACGAGAAAACUGUUGCAACAUAACUUAGAACAAAUAAAUUACCUGAAUAAAAAGUCGCAUUACCUGGAGAGCAAAGCAGAAGAGCUAAAAAGGCAUUUGAAAAGUGGCAACAAUAAAAAUUACAAUUAUGAACAGCAAGGCAGGAGCUGUGAUAUUCACAAAACGGGGAAAUUAAAAUUUGUCACUUCUUCUAAUGGGUUAAAACAUUCGAUUGACAAUGUACAGGGGAAAAUUAACAACUCUGGCUUUACCAUUUUUUAUAAAAAUAAAAAAAAAAUGACCUACUUGUGGAAUGCUUUGGAGCUACCUAUCAAAUUAAUUGGCAGUGUGGAGCAGUGCUUUCUUUUUGCAUACAAAAAUAGUAACCAAAUUUUAUGUACAGACAGUAGGCUAAAAACAGCUUCUUGGGUUAAUAGCCUGGCAGAGGCCUCCACUUGUUAUCACUUUGGCAUAAGAGGAAUGCUUGUUAACACAAAUAAUGUUAAAAGUGUGCAGGAGAAGAUUGGGAAAAAUAGGAAAAAGGAUGCGGGUGACAAACUGUUAGUAGUCGAUUUAAAGCCCGAGGAGGGGACAACUCGGGUGUUUGUGAAUGACCGCGAGCAGAAUGUGCAGGACGCCAAUGGGGGCGUGAUUGAUUUGAAUAAAAUCAAGAAGAACAUGGAGGAUGAGGAGAAGAAGAGGCGGGGCACUCGGGAGGAAGUUCCCUCUGGUGCGGAAGCGGGCGAGGAGGAAAUGGGCGACGCGGAAGUCGUUGACGAGGAUGCAAGCAAUGACAGUGGUACCACUGAUGACGGCGAUGCUACUGAUGACGGCGGUGCCCAAGCGGGUGACGAGGAUGCAGAAUAA